UCGUCAGCAAAACGUAAUUGCCGAAGUCGAUUGCCGAUGAGUCACAUGGGGAAUGGGUAAAGUGCGGCAACUCAAAUCGUUGUCUGCUCGCUGUUGAUAACGAAAAAGUUUCGGCUGAGCUGCGUACACGGACGUCAUUCGGCCGAUAUCUUAUGCGGGAAGAAGUAAAAGGCGCCGAUGUUUGGUUUAUUCAGAAGUUUUUAAGGUAGUACAUGUAUAAAGGUGAAGAAAAUCUCUUAUCUUAGGUGGAUCUUGAAAUAUACAGAGGAGCACUUCUUUUUAUUUUGCAAUUACUUGUAUUAGCAAUCAUAUCAAUAGCAUCUUAUGUAAUUUCUUAGAGAAUUAAAUAAGGGACCUUUUUCUGUUGUGUAAUCUCCUUUUUAUUUGUUAUUUAAAUGCAAUUUCUGCUUUUUACCCAUGACAUCAUUGUUUCACUUUCAUGCUGUAAUUGUGGUUACCUAAUUAACCAGACUACUGGCCUUGUAUUUUACUUGGCAUUUCCGGAUUACGCCGGUACUGCGGCACCGGUAUCCCCCAUGAUUGCUUGCGUCAUUCAAUUACGUGGUAGCUGUGAUGUAACUUACCAAUACAGGAACUAAUCAAGUGAUAUUCCUUUCCACAGAUUUCUCUAGUUGUCUUUUUUAUUGAGAAAAAAACGCAAUCACACUUAAAACCCAGCAGUGCCGGCACAUUUGCAUCAGUGCUUAAAAGUUCAAGACGAAGAAAUUAGGACUGCAACAUUAAAGUAUCAGUAUUAGUUUGCCUUGAAUGCUGAAAUGAAAAACCAUCUGUGUAUUACUUUUGUGUGUUCUAUUCUGGCUGUUUAUCAUGUUGAGGGCCAGCAAGUUCAUUUUAUUAAUGAGGAAGAAUUAGCUCGAUCUCAACCAUUUGCUCGACCACGAGUACCAGUUCAGCCACCGCUUAGCCACGUUUUUCAUGAUCCACUGCUAGAGAAUCCACUUAAUCCUUAUUACGACCCAGAUUUUGAUCAGACACCCUUAACAUCUGACCAGGAUUGGAGUGAGUGGACAGAAUGGUCGUUUUGCUCACGAUCUUGUGGAGGAGGGGUUGCCAUGAGAACAAGAGGAUGUGGAAUAAGAUCCAUGAACGACCUUAAAAACGACUGCUUGGGCGAAGAUGUUCAACACCGGAUCUGCAGUACGCAGUCGUGUUCCGGAAACGAAGAGGAUUUCCGAACGAGUCAGUGCGCACGACACAACCAUCGUCAGGUCUUCAGUUCCACUCAGUUCAAGUGGGUUCCGUAUUACGGCAGCGACAUUGAUCCGUGCCAACUCAACUGCAUCGCUGAAGGUUUUAACUUUUACAAAACCUUCGGGUCUGUGCAAGAUGGUACAAGGUGCUACGGCGACCAGUAUGAUGUUUGCAUUGAAGGAAAAUGCAAGCGGGUAGGUUGCGAUCUGAUCCUGGGUUCGAACUUGACGGUUGACGCUUGCGGGGUUUGCGGUGGUCGUAAUACUACUUGCUUCCACUAUUCGAAAACUUUUGACGAGCUGCCCCCUAAUACAGGCAAUUUUGAAUACAACCAGAUCGCCACCAUUCCUGCAGGAGCAACCGACAUUCUUAUCACAGAUUCAACCAAUAACUACCUAGCUGUUCAAGUAGACAACGAAGGGUAUCAUGAAUACGUGUUCAAUGGCGACAACGUCAUCAGUUGGCCGGGUAAUUUCCCUUCUGCGGGAACGAUCAUAAAGUACACAAGGACCGAGGACGAUGAGACGGUCUCCAUACAGGGCCCAACAACCAGCGAUCUUUACAUCCAGAUGCUGUACCUUGGUGACUUACCCAUGGUCAAAUAUGAAUACCGGAUCCCUCACCACGUCCAACCACCCCAGGAACAACAGCAACUACAAGUAGACUACCGAGUCGAGGAACCAGACAGCGGUGAUAUUCCACCAAGUUGGAUAGUUGAUAUAAUGGGACACGACGAAACAACCCCACCCCCUACAACUACAACAACAGAAGCAACGACAACAACAGCAACAACAACGACAACAACAACAACAACGCCUAUGCCCACAACCCUUCCUCGUCCAAGGAGGAACAAAAAGAACAAGCCCCCUUAUUGCGUGCCUUGCAAGAAACCUAAAAAUCGCAAGCGACAUUACUGUCAGAGUGAUUUCGUGAUUCACGCCCGGGUCUUAUCCAAGUCAAAAGUUGAAGGCAAGCGGUAUCGACAUGACGUCACAGUCCUAAGCAUUUUCAAGUCUGACUUUAAACUGAUGAGCCGAGAAUACGUGUGGGUAUAUAGCAGCUGCUGUCCUAAGUUCCGUGCCUACCGCGACUACCUUAUCAUGGGAAGGAAGCGACGUGUUGAGAUUGGAAAUGAUGGCCGUGGCAUUUGGCUAGGCGCAAAUAACGGUACAGACGCUACAGACGGCCGUCGAAGGUUUGAAACAAGGCUUAUGGUCGAUCAUAUGGAUUUCUGGCACGUGUGGAAACGGAAGUACCUUAAAGGUUUAAACAAAGUUGCGAAUUCAAUAAACUGCUCUAAGUACAAGCGCCACGCGACAAGCCUACGACGGAGAGACCCAGAAAGUCGGCGGCGAUUUUCACGACGCCGUGCUGGAAGGUAGACCGAACUGAUGUAUAGUUUUGUAAAAUCCAAAUCCCGAAGUCGACAAUGAAGGUCCCCUUUAGUCAAUACUCCACUCAACUGCCUUCUAUUCUGCUAAGGGUUUCAUUCGUUGCUUCAUUCACGUUCGACCACGGCUUCUUCACCUCACCAGCAGCCGUUCACAUAUUGCCAAUACUUUUGUUCCACCUAUCUGUAUAUGAGACAAUCAAACUACAUAUUUUUUCACUUGCACCGUUUUUAAUCCCACCGCGGGGCAGCCAAUGAAAGAGAUGCUUCAAAUGAAUCAUUUAGGUUUUUCCAAAUAAAUCAUUUAUUUUUUUCAAAUAUGUGCGAUUAAUUAAAAAAGCCUGAUGUAUAAAUGAAAUGUUCAUUGUUUUAAAUUGCUGCUAUAUGGUUUUAAUUACUAUACUGCUCUGUUUAAAUUUUGGUCGUAAUGUUAUGAAUUGUUUCUUAUAAUAGUUUUGAUAAAGUUUCACUUUUAGACAUCUUUUAUUGCGUAAUGUACGAAUGUACAGUUUAAUGCCGUCCCUUUUAAAAAUACCGUUUAAGGUUUAACAUCCUACUAAUGCUGUGUGAACACUCCUGUAUUUAAUUUUAGAUUUUUUAUUCCCUUCAUAGUGAAAAGAUAAAACAACCUAAAUGCACUCACAUUUACUAUAGAUACGUUUUGGUACGUUUUCCAAAGUCGUAUUUACUCUUUUUGUAUAUACAUUUUCGUCUCUUUUACUGAAUCGCUCUGAUUUCUUACUUUUGCAUAUGUUUUAUAUGAGGUUCGUGGAUUUGUUUGAUACUACUCAAUGAAGUAUUUAGUUUGUCGGCAUUGAUAUCGUUUAUUUCUCUUUUUAUUAAACUAUCACCGGAAGAAAC